CAAGAUAAGGUUUCAUGAUAAGGCCCAGUUCGACUCGUUUCUAUUGAAUGAGUAGCCGACUGUCACGUUUUAUUCACCAUGUCGCCGAUCCUUAUGUGUAUGCUAAUUGGGGCUCUUGUUGGAGUGAGCGUGUCCGAGUCUGGGAACGAACAUCACUGUUACAGCUGUUUCCAUGUUGCUUCUCCCCAUGACUGCGGAACGAUCGAGCAGUGUCCUCAUGGCAAGGAAUGUUUUGCGACCCAAUACACCGGACCGGACUCAAAAACGUUCUACCACCUAGGAUGUGCCAACCACGGAACUUGCACGCAUACGGCCAGCUUUCACCCCCACACACAUGGUUGGCAUCACCCAUAUACGUUUGAAGAGGUCCUGUGUGGACACUGCUGUUCUACCCCAGGAUGUAACAUGAACACAUGCGAUCCAUCUUCGUAACCAAGGUACCUGAAGUAACGACGGAAUUAAUCCUUCAUUGUAAUUAUCGUUACAAAUAAUAAAAAGCUGUUUAAUGAAAUGUC